GAACCGUGAGAACGGAAACAAUUGGUAGGAGGACUGAGAAAUCGUGUUCUGCGAAGUAGAGAAAUUAAAAAUAUUGAAAUAAAAUCGAGGUACUAGAUCCUCUAAAAACGCAUAGUAUAGGGAUGAUUUAAAAAUUACACCUAAAAUUAAAGGGUUAGGCUUUGGCUUUUCAUUAGAACCACUACGAUGUCGUCUAGAACUGAGACUGAGUACUGAACGAUCCAACGCAGAGAGGAGGAAGAAGAUCAAAGAAUCAAACAGCUGAGUUAUCAAAGAAGCAAACGCAUUUUUUCAGAAAGAGAACCUUGGGUGUUUUCUUCCGCUUGAGUUAUCUCCAUUUGUCCCUGCAAUUUGAGAAACUUGGAUUAACUAUUGAUGAUAUCAACGAAUACCCUUUAAUGCUUGGCUGCAGUGUGCGUAAAAACAUGAUACCUGUAUUAGGUUACUUGGAAAAAGUCGGGAUUCCAAAGUCAAAACUAGGGGAGUUUGUUAAGAACUAUCCGCAGGUUUUGCACACAAGUGUGGUUGUUGAGCUUGCUCCUGUUAUUAAGUUUCUUAGGGGGCUUGAUGUUGAGAAGCAAGAUAUUGGAUAUGUUCUACAGAAGUAUCCAGAACUGUUGGGGUUUAAACUUGAAGGUACUAUGAGUACUUCGGUUGCUUACUUGGUGAGCAUAGGAGUUAGUCCUAGAGAUAUUGGUCCUAUGGUGACACAAUAUCCAUAUUUUCUAGGUAUGAGAGUUGGGACUGUUAUUAAGCCGCUUGUUGAUUACUUGUUUUCCUUGGGAUUGCCAAAGAAGAUUUUGGCUAGAAUGUUGGAGAAACGGGCAUAUAUACUUGGUUAUGAUCUUGAAGAAACUGUUAAGCUGAAUGUUGAUUGCUUGAUUAGUUUUGGAAUUCGGAGGGAAGCAAUUGCUUCAGUUAUUGCACAGUAUCCACAAAUUCUUGGGUUACCUCUGAAAGCUAAGUUGUCUUCACAGCAGUAUUUCUUCAAUCUGAAGCUCAAGAUUGACCCAGAUGGGUUUGCUUGUAUUAUAGAGAAGAUGCCACAGAUUGCAAGCCUAAAUCAACAUGUUAUUAUGAAGCCUAUAGAGUUUCUUUUGGGGCGGGGACUGCCAUUAGAGGAUGUGGCAAUUAUGGUUAUGAAAUGUCCCCAAUUGGUUGCACUACGAGUUGAGCUCAUGAAGAAAAGCUAUUAUUACUUCAAAAGUGAGAUGGGGAGGCCGGUCAAAGAGCUUGUGGAGUUUCCAGAAUACUUUACUUAUAGCUUGGAAUGUAGAAUCAAACCCAGGUACACCAAGUUACAAAGCAAGGGGAUUAGGUGCUCACUGAACUGGUUUCUGAACUGUAGUGACCAGAGAUUUGAAGAGAGAUUGCAGGGUGAUUAUAUUGAAUCAGAAAGCUUAGGACCUUCAUUCUGUAUGGGUGGGAAAUUGGAGCUACCGGGAAGUGACGUUGUAUCAGAUGAGGAAGCUGAGAGCGAUGAUGAAGUACUUUACAGACGCACAGUUUCUCUGUAGUAAAGUUUUUAAUUACAUUAAUGAAUUAACUUUGUUUUGAACUGCAAUUUCUCUAGCCCAUCUUUCUUAUAUUUAGGCCUCUACUUAUGUUCUCAGUUUUUGUUAUAUUUGGAUUUUCUCCCUAUAUUCAUUGUUACAACUACAGUGCUUGCUCAUGCACAUCCAGACUUGCCUGCACUUGCAUGGACGGUCAUAUAGUGCAUAUUCAAAAUUGCAUCUGGGAGCUGUCUUUUUUGCUGUUAAUUACCCGGUUUGUUUAUAGUAUUGGGUUUUAUAA